UGCGGUAAAUCAAGUUUCUGCAGCGAGUCAGCGACACUUCGGGGCCCUUGGCUGCACUUAUGAAAUUUAAUUAGUUUUUAAAUAAUUUCAUGGCCGAUUUUGGAUGAGUAUACCCUAUCAAAAAUUUCGUCUGAGUGCUGCGCACAAGUAAUCUGAAAACUGCUAAAUACUCUAGUUGUUGUUGACGCUCUAUCGCUUCGUCCUUUCAAGACUUGCACCAUGAACUCGUUUAUCAUUAUUGUUGCUGUAACAUUCAUCGCUCCCAGCGUCCUAGCCUUGACCGUGAACACACCGUCGAGUCUUACAACUUGUGAACCAACAUUACUUUCGUGGAGCGGUGGCACUGCUCCGUAUUACCUUUCUAUCCUGCCUGGUGGUGAGACUACUUCUGCUGCACUCAAAACAUUCGAUACUACAAACGCAACCGAGUACACUUGGACAGUGGACAUCGCUGCAGACACUGAAAUCACCGUCGAGUUGAAGGAUAGCACUGGCACUAUCGCUUACAGUGAUGAGGUUGAUAUUACUGCGGGCUCGGACACUAGCUGUGUUUCUACCUCAGUCUCCGCGAGUGCUACUGCAGGUUCUACUUCAGCUGAUUCAUCUGCUACUACCACAUCCGGAAGUUCCACCACGAGCGCUAACAGCGCCAGCGGCAGCACAAGUUCGAGCACCUCCGCUGCUUCGGCUUCUUCCUCCUCUAACGCGGCCUCAAGUUUGCCGGCUAAUUUUGCAUGGGGAUUGUUUUUGCACUUGAGUUGAACACACUACAUUUUUUAGUAGUCUUGAGUAUCCAGGCUAGGUUUACAGCUGAUUCCGAAAGUCUACAGUGAUGCGCAAAUCAAAUCCACACCCCCCGAUUUGGAAAU